AUGCUUCACCAACAUCUCAGCGACGUGCCGUGUUACUGUCUCGCUUGCGUCAAGGCCUGGGCCAUCUCUACUUCGUCCGAGCCGCUGGGGCUACAGGCAGUGCUGGACUACGUGGCUCCGUACUGGGAGGUCGUUUACGAAGGCAACGAGUCGGCUGCGGAACACGCGGAAGAGCUGUACUUUACCUACCUCUACAAUGUGACGGCUGAAAGCCGAGAGGCGGCUGUCCUGCAAGCAUGUUGGCAUGGUUUGGCUACGGGUGCCAAUUCAGAACAGCCGCUGCUGUGCGAUACUGCUUCCAAGGCAUUCCUGAGCGUCACCUUGCCCAGGCUCACGGAGCUCUGUGACCCUCGCUUCGAGGGCGAUUACAGUGCAGUUCUUGUCACAUAUCAUGACAACGGCCUUUUCGCCAACAUUUUGCAACUCUUAGAUGCACUCUUGCUGGCAAAGCCCGGCGCCCCUGUGCUUGUAGAUUGGCAGCGGAAGGGAGGCGAGGGUCAUUUUCAGUAUGGCCGCAUUGGUUUCGACCUCUUCGAGCACCUCUUCUCAAGAACUCAGCGCUGUCGAUCCUGGGGCAAGUACUCCGCCGACCGGCGGCUUCAGUCUUCGUCGUACAACAUGAACAAGAGGGUGAGCAUCCUCUUCAUGAACAUGCUGCGAGGCUUGAUUUGGAGCGUCCCUCCGAAGGACUUCCAAGCACUGCGCGUAGGCUAUCACCGGGCAAUGCAGGGUGCUCUCACAAUCUCUCCGCUGAUCAGUCGGAGAGUUAGAGAGGUGACGGAAACCUGGCCAGAAAGAGCCCGUGUGGUGGGUGUUCACAAACGGUUGGGCACAAACGAGGUGGCGGCGUGUCAGCUUGCUCAGAGGAACCCUCCACCAGAGGAGUACCUUGAAGCUGCGAAGGCCCUCCUGCAGCAGACUCCGCCUGGUGUCCAGCAGGUGCUCUAUCUAGCCACCGACGAGGUCCAGACCGUUGAAGUCUUCCGAAAGGCAUUGCCGCCUGGAAGCCAGAUACAGUUGUGCUGUCGCGAUGGCGUGAAGCGCUCGCGAGGCGGAGUUCGUCCAGACGGUAUUGACAACGAAGUGCACCGGUCUCCUUGCGAAGCUGUCGACGCUGAGGAUGCAUUGGUGGACGCCAUGUGUUUGAGCAAGUGCACGGACCUGGUUUGCAUAGACUCGAACUUGUCCAUCUUUGUAUCGAUGCUGAAUCCCAGGAUACAUAUCCAUGCGAUGAGCGACGCUGUCCCCCCCGGGUGGGAGGAGCGAGCAAAUUAUCCCAGGGAGCCCGUGCACUCCUCCUACAGGGUGGCCUGGAACCCUGGCCUUUUCCUUUCAGCCUUCCCCAGCACUGCUGCUGAAAUUGUGGGCCAAGUGCUGUUUGACCAGAUUGUGCGCGCUACAGGACGCUAUUGGGAAGGCUGGGUGGAGCUGGAGAAUGGUGGCUGGGCCAGAUGGUCUCCAUGCGAAGAGUAUCCCGUGGUGAGCUUCUGGUUCCAGAGGGUGAAAGGCGUGAUUCACGUUGAGCAAGUGGCCACAAGGGCUGCAGGGCUUCUCGUAGCUGCCAAGGAGGAGACGGCCGGAUGCGAGAACCUCAGUCGAGCCAUUGCCAUCAGCUUGCUGCCGAGCAGAGACGCCCGAGCCUAUGGAGCGAAACUACUUCCUAGUGAUGCUGCACGUCAGGAUGAGCUCGAGGGCAGAAGGAAGAGGCUUCUCGAGGGCAUCCCGAUCUUGUCUGAAAACCGUUCUGUGAGCGGAUGUCAGCGAUUCUGCCUGGCAAUUCUCCGCGCCAUUAUCUUUGUUGCAGCAACGGUUGGUUUGCUUUGGCUGCAAAUCUGGUUGAGCGAAACGAACGUUGAGACAUUCCGAGAAACCUCGAUCCACAAAAGAGCCAUCCUUGGUGAGAACGGAACGAUUAAAGACACAUCGGACGAAGCUUGCCCUGUCUAUGUGGAACUGCAGGACCCAUGGGCAUAUCAUCUGGCCAAGUUAGGUUCCUUGCAAAUCAACAUCGUGCCUCAUGGCCGCUUCGCAGACGACCUGCCAACAAUUCAAUGGUAUGCCAGUGAGGAGGUUUACAGGAACAGAGACGUGUACCUUCUCUUCAGCAUGGGAGCACGCGCUUUGAACCCUGCAGUUGUCAGCAUUGGGCUCGAAGAGGCUAUGUCAACCGAGCGUUACAUGACAGCGCUACAAGAAGCCUUCUCCCGCAACCUCUUGAACCCCUUGGAGCAAGAGUCGGUGAAGGGGACAAUGUUUGUGCAUGCGAGUGAGGGCAAACAGUGGGUGGACGGUGGCUGGACAGAUGUGGUAGUCUCUGAGGACUGGCUCGCCAUCUCUGGCUUGGCCUUUGGCUUGCUGCUGCUGCUAUGCUUCACCGUUUUAAAGUGGAUUUGGAAAGAGGUUAACCACGACUGGAAGUUAAAUUGUGAUGUCUGGGUAGCCCAGCACGAAUACCUCUGGGAAAGAGCGAAGAGAUCGAAAAUCUUCGCAGUUGACUCGCAUACGCUGACGGAAGCCGAGAUGGAGGCAGCGCUUGCCAAGAAGACUCCGAAAGACAAGGAUGACAGUGAUGAUUUGGAGCUCUCUUUCCAAGACAGAGUAGUGAUGUGCUCACCUUUCUUUGUCCUGGACAACUUCCUGGCAAACGCUUAUUCUUGUGAAGAACAGGUGGGUUUGUCAGUGGCAUCGGCAAUACUGCACGCCGUGGCCUUUUCUGCAGUAUGCCUGCUGCCGUCCUACGCAUGUUGCCUGAUGCCUGCGUGGGGCCCAUCAUUUCAUGUCAUUGCCUCGGCCUACGGACUUUGCAUCAUCCUGCUGGGGCCCUUCUACUAUUUCUCCUUCGGCAACAUCACGGUUCGAUUCGCACUGAGCGUGUUGCAGAUCGCCUGUUUGGCUUUCUGGACAGUUUUGACUGUUGCGUACCUUGUCAGUGCCAUUAUCUAUCUGUCAGCCAUAUCUGCCGUUAACGAAGAUUUGAUUCCGGACGCACUGAGCCCAUUGGCGACAAUCGUGGCCUAUGUCGCUGUCAUAACCGUACGACUCAAAGACCUUCAGCAACAUUAUAUGGAAAUCUUGAAGGGCAAGAAGUCCAAAGGUUUCAUCAUAUCUCAGAUCCAACGGCUGGGAUUCUCCACCGGAGAGAUUGUCAUAUUGGUACUUGAAGGAGUGGCUGCCUUGCUCGGCCUUCUGAUUUUGCAGCUGCGUGUUCGGAACGCAUAUGCUGGCCCGGGAAUGCAUGGCAAUCUCCUCAGUUCCGCGAUAUUGCCGAGCUAUGCCGUCGUUCAUUCGGUUGUCCAACUGCGCAAGAGCUCGAACAGCGAUGCGGCAAGCAAUGUUGACGAAGUCACAGGCGCUAUCACCGACAUUUUCUGA